GAAACUAUGAACUCUGAUGCACAGGAAAUAUGCUUCAGAAUAAACCUGACUAUCAGAACUAAAACAUCCAGUGUUGCGUUUUCUUUCUGCACUCUGUACAGCACACUGGCUCUGCGGGCGUGUGGACUCAUAUUCCGGAGGCUGAUUCAGUCUCCUCCCUCAGACAGCAUCCAGUACCUCCUCCUCCAGACCUCAUAUGGUGAGCACCACUGCACUCUGCCAAAAGGUCAUGUUGACCUGGGCUAGGAAGACAUGACCACCGCCCUCCGGGAGACCCAGGAGGAGGCAGGGUUGGGUGGGGAGCAGCUGAGGAUUGUGGAUGGCUUCCUGAGUGAGCUUCGGUACGAGGUGCGGGGCAGGCGGAAGGUGGUUCUGUACUGGCUGGCUGAGCUGAAGGACCCCGGGACAGCGGUCACCCUGUCGGAGGAGCACCAGGAUUACCGCUGGGUCGGUCUGGACGAGGCGUGCACGCUGGCCAGGUACAAAGACCUGCAGGACGCCCUGCGAGAAGCACACCGCUUCCUGAUGGCAGGAGAGAGAAAGUGACGCCGUUGUCUUUCUCGUUCAAAACACGGAAGAUUGAAUGAGGGCAGAACAUUUACUGGGGAAAAAAGUGCUUGACACAAUAGAGAUCCAACUCAUGGACCCACAUCACCAUGUUAUACUAUAUAUGUUGUCUAUUAUAGACCUUGCUGAGACAUGUUCAGGGAACCAGCUAUCACUGACACAGAUGCAGGUAUACUGUACUGACAUGCCCACAAGCAUGUCUGUUAGUGACAGCUUUGCAGUGCAGAGUCAAAGAUUUGUAAAUGCAUGGAACCUUUCCUCAUUUGAUUUUAUCUUAUUUUCUAAAAGUGUUUCUCCAUCAUGCCUGUAAAUACAUGUACUUAUUAAAUUAAAACGGCCUAAAUAAAGUUGUAUAGAGGUGGAAGAGGGAGCAGUGGACACUGGGCUUCUUUACCAAUUCAUUAGUGGUCUGAAUGACAGGAGUCUAUCCAGUAGCCAUUGUGCACUGUGACUAUAAAAGCAUUUUAAUUUUACUUUGAUCUAUAUUUGACUUGAUGGGUAGCAAAUUUAAUUUCUCACAAGCAUUCAGGCUGCUUCUCAAAGAUACUUUUACCUUUUUUAUGUACCUGGUUUAAGGCAUGGAGAAGAGUGACGCGGGUUGUAACAAUAAUACAGCAUCCUUUAUUUCACAUUGUUAUUUGUCAGUAAAUCGAUGCGGAGAGACAGAAAUAAAACCUACAGCAAAAUAAUGAGAAAAGGAGAGGGAUACCGGAGUCUUACAGCGAUUACAGGUGACAGACUUCACCAACCAGGGAAAAUAAAUCCAAACAAAAAAAAUCAAAUAAACAACACAAGUCAAAAUGAUAGAAAAUAUUGAAGUGGCGGUGGAUUUUCAGGUCAAGAACAACGGGCCUUUUAGGAUUUCUUCAUGGAAAAUGCAUUUCUUGAUGAUUUGACAGUUUUUAUAUACUUUUUUUUUUUACAAUCGGCAUUUCAUAUCUAAUGCUAUAUUUUAACACACCUUUUAAAAAUGUCUUUUUGUAGAAAAUAAGGAUGUGUUAACUAAUGGAUUAAUAUCGCUUUCAUCCCAUUAUAAAGAACUAAGGAUACUGGUAAUUCAAAGAAGAAUAAGAGUUGCCCAAGCAGUUUUUUCCCCCCCGAUGACACCACAGUUGUGACACAAAGUGACAGCACAGACGGUAACAAGCCCUAUCACAUUCAUCCAAUCUGCGCUCUUUUACUACCCUUUUCAAAUUAUCAGUCUUUUUCUCCCUGGAACUUCAAUGACCCUUUUAAAUCGUUAUGAUCAUUCAGACCCCUUUUUUUGGUGAUUAAUAUACACCCUGGUAAUUUAUUCAACAAAACAUACUUUAAGAUUGAAUUAUAUGCUCUGGUCAGGAAGAGGCUGGCUGUUUUGAAAACUAAACAAUACCUCAGACUGCUUCUGUUGGAAAUGCUCGCCUUUCACAAGCAUACAACUAUUCUGAUUCCACCCACUAGGGGGCGGGGCAACCCAAAUUCUUUGCACUGGAACACUGUGCUCUGGGUCACGUAGUUCUUUAUUUUUCACAGGGUCAUACUACUGGGUUUGUAAAAUCUCAGUGCUGUCAAAAAUUAUUUUGAAUAACCAGAGAGAAACAAUACCAUUAUUUCUUCUAUAUGAGGUCAGCAUGUUGAAGCCCAUGUACUUUGCUGCAGAGUUUCUCAGGGUUCACUGUGUUCUGCCAGUGUCACUCAGUAGACAUAUGACUUAUUUUUCUAACAACGAGCCUCCACUCAAACUCCUGUUGAGCGCAUUUUCAUUAGAAAGAACUUUUUGUGACAAUCGUCUUUUUCCCCCAACCAUUCUUAAUUACAUUACAAUACUGGUAAAAACAAAACAAAAAAAACCAAGAGAAGACUAGUUUUGAUGAAUACAGCAGAGACCUGCUCCAAAGACACAGCAUUGCUUUUACUCAAUGCCUCCAAUACACCACUGCUGGCCCUCUUUACAAACUUAGGCAGAGAAACCAACACUUUACAUUACAUAGGUUUUCAGUCUCUGUCACUGUUUUGGAGCAGGAUCAAGAUCCUCACACACCAUUUAACUAUAGUGACAUGCCAAAUCUCUAAGGGGCCAGAUACAGACUGUCGGUGUGGGCGCCCGUGGCGAUAAAGAGUGUUAGCAGACAUGACACAGUCACCCCAAACCAUAUGAAAAGCUCCUCUGCGCCGAUCCAGCACCGGUUCGGUGCGUUAUCGCAGGGCUGUCGUGUCAAUUUUCGAUCUGCGAGUCUGCGACAGAACAGUAGCUAAUCUCUGUAAAUGUUUUUGAGGUUCAAGUAUGAUGUCAUCCACUCGUCUGUUGGGAACAGAGCCCAGACUGAAAAUAACCAACACGGUCGCAAUAGCCAUUUCACUUCUGUGGCAGAACCAGCCUUCCGACAAGUACGAAGCACUGCUCUGGAUUCUGUGUGUGUGAUUUAAGGGUUAGCUUGUUUGUCAAAGUUUUUUUUUUUCAUUCUAUUGCAAGAUUUUAGAAGAGUAUUUUCUAAACACUUGAACAGUGGAGGCUACAGGUUGCUCAGAAGAGGCCCAUGAUAAAUCAAAGUUGCACAGAAGAGCAACCCCUGAAUGCCUGAGGAAUAUCAGACUGGUCAAAACACGCACAUGUUCUGAGUCGGUUAUCAAAGCCAUUUUUGCCAUUUUUCUCCUGCUUCUUACACAAUCUUAUAUCCAGCACUGCAAUGCUGUGUGACUAAUUCCAUCCCUUGGCAGUUUAAGGCUGCCCUUCUGCACUUUAUUUAAAGUAGAAUUCUACCAAUCCCAUUUACAAAGGCUCACUCAACUAUCCAACCUGAUAAGCCAGAACAUACACCUUUUGGGCUAUCCUCCAACUCCUCUCUCCACUUCAACAACAUUUUCAGAAAAUGAAAACAAAAAUUAAAGACCUCUAAUAAUGAUUGCAUUCUUUUUUCCAUUUUUUUUUUUAAGUGAAUCACUGUUUCACCAAUGUCUUCUCUCCCACGCGCACAACACUACAAGAAGAGAAAUCAAAUCAAAUGGAACAAAAACAGCUAAAGACGACACCACCCGUGCCCCCCCCCUCCCGGCGAUACAUCUUUACCUGGUGCUUGGGGGUAGGUGGGGGGGGGGCAGGGGGUGUUGUCAUUGUAGGCUUUUUUUUCCUUUGUCUUUUAAUGUGUUCCAUCUCAAUAGAACGGAAAAGCUGAAUCUCUUUUUCCAAACAGAUCCUAUUGAACAAUAGUGCAGACUUCCAAAAAGAAAUAAAAAAUCCACCGCUUCCCGCUGUUGCUGCUCACUGCGCUUGCGGAAGGUUCGUUUAAUCUUCCGUGGCUCGAGGGCCGGCUGAUAGCUGACCGGUGCUCGAGUCCAGUCCUUGGGGAAGACAGUGAGGUGGCCUGGGUAGUGUCUCUGGGGAGGGCAGGGUCGGGCAGGUGGACAGGCCGGACGCACUCUCACACCCUGACCCCGUCCCUGUCCCCCACACCUUAGGAGUCUGCCACUGCUCUCCACAACGACUGACAGUGGUUAGUAGUCUUGUAGGCCUUUGCCUCCCGAGACGUGCGUUGCAACUCCGAAGCCGUUCCUUCAGGCACGGGGCCAUGCGCUUGGGGCAGAAAGUUCACCUCGCAGCACAUCUUUUUGCUUUUUUUUUUUUUUUGUUUUCCUCAUUUUUUGAUUUUCUUUUUAAAUCCACAGUUUUCAAACUGGUUCUAAAGGAACCAAACACACAGAAGCGGAAAGUCACACUGGUUUAAGGUUUAAAGGUCCUCCCAUCAGUCUCUGCUCUGAACAAAAAUCCGGCGAUUCCCAGAUCAGGGCAAUGAAAAGAAAAAAAAAAACCCAA